AUGUUCAAAGCCCUCCUCAUCGCUCUGCUUGUCACCGCCACUAUGGCGAACCCGGUACCCGAGGCCGAUCCGGCCCCCAAGCCCCCGGUCAACAUUCCCCCGCCCGACGAUGUCAUCGGGCCGACCAUUAUUCUCGGUGCCCCUGGAACCGUCUUCGCAGCGCGCCGGUCCCCGGUGUCCGGCGUCGUUGGCUGUGGACCCCAGAGCCUCCUGCAGUGCAAGGGUAACGGAUACUACUGCGUGCCUAGGUACACUGCCUGCUGCACAGCCAACAGUGAGUCCGUGGAAACGGAGAGGGCUGACUAUGGUGCAGACGGCGCGACCUACUGCCCAACUGGCUCGAGCUGCAUCAACCUUGGCAAGUCUUGCCGAGUCAAUUACGAGGUGCUCAAGCUGUCCAAGAGGACAAGGCAUGGCUGA